UCACUUGUGAUACCGUGUAGGUAUAUCUAGAGAGUUUAUACGAAAAUUAAUGUUAUCUGCCAAGUGUAUGUGUCAUUAGUUCAUAUAACAAGUUUCAUUAUAUUCCUUUAGUCAAAUAACGUGUCAAAUGGCUGAUUUUCGCAAGAAGAAGCUCCUCUACGUUUUCAACAUCUUCUUUGACGUAAACCAAAGCGGGACCAUUGAUGGAAAGGAUUUCGAAUUAGCUAUUGAGAAAGUGUGCGUUCUUAGAGGCUGGAAAUCUGGAACACCAGAAUACAGAAAAACACACGACAGUCUUAUUCAAAUAUGGGAUGGACUAAGAAAAAAGGCCGAUUCAAAUAAUGAUGGGCAGGUGAGCGUCGAAGAGUGGUACCAAAUGUGGGACGAUUUUGCUAAAACACCGGAUAAGCCAUUAGAUUGGCAAACUCAAUAUCUGAAAUUCAUGUUCAACUUGGAAGACUCUAGCGGAGAUGGAGCCAUCGAUGUAGAAGAGUUUACUGGCGUUUGUUCAUGCUACGGUGUAGAUGCCUCUGAAUGUAGAAUUGCUUUUCAAAAGAUGUGUGCCGGAGAACCGCAGGUAACCUACGACCAGUUUAAGAAACUUUGGAACCAAUUUUUCAUUUCUGAGAACCCAUCCGAUCCCGGAAACUUUAUUUUUGGAAAAACCAAAUUUUAACGCAAUCGUGAAGAACGGGAAUAACGCAAAAGCAGAAGGGCAACUCAUGUGUUUCUCCUAAUAAAAGUGACUAAUCUCAUUUUUAAUUUACGUGCCUACAAUUACACACAUACUUAUGUAACAGCCAAAAAUAGAAGGGGUAGUAAGCGGUGUCGGUUUUAUUAUCUAUAUUAUUUAGUUUUGAUUAGUUUGCACGUCAGUCACCGUUUCGGAAAAUGUUUUAAUUACCUACAACCCAUUGAUGUUGGAUGAAAUAAAUGUGUUCAAAUCGGUUUUCCACACUACAUAAUUAUGCACUAGGGAAUAUUAUUUGUUAUUGUUAUAUAUCUAUUGCUAUACUGCAUGAAAUUGUCAAUUAACUACCUACUUAUUAUUAGUUAAAUAAUAAUUGCUAGGUUGUACAUACCUACGCUUUGUACCUGUAUAUAUGAGGUGUAAAAUUUAUUCUAUAUAUAUACGAGUAUAUCACUGUU